AUGUCCAAUGAGAGAGUUUGGUCACAAGAAUCCAUCUCAUCAUCACAGCUGAGGAUGAUUGUUGUAAUCAUUGGUGGGAGGAGCUCCAACCCACUGGCUUUUCAAAUAGGUCACAGUGUUGUCUGAGGGAAAUGUUAAGGAAGGCUCUGGCUUCAGUACCUGUAAGCAACAUGAAGUUUGCCUCUGUGUUAGUCCUCCUUUUUUUCUGCUCUACUUUCAAGAAGUCCCAAGGAAAGUCAAAGCCCAAACCGGGCUGUGAAUACCCCCCGUCACAGUGGUGUAGGAGUUUGGAAAUUGCAAUAGAAUGUGGGGUUCAGAAGCAAUGUCUGGAGCUCAAUGCCACAAGGCCCAAUUCAGCGGUACCCAGAGUUGAGGUGACCCUGUACUAUGAGAGCCUGUGUCCAGGCUGCAGGGUCUUCCUCACCCAGCAGCUCUUCCCCACCUGGGCCAUGCUCCACGAUAUCAUGGAGGUGAAACUGGUGCCCUACGGCAAUGCGCAGGAGCUUCCCUCAGGGAAUUCUCCAUUCACCUGUCAACAUGGGGAACCAGAGUGUCAAAGCAACAUGAUUGAGGCAUGUAUUCUACGUUCAGUGGGUCUGUACUUGGCAUUCCCUGUCAUUGACUGCAUGGAAUCUGCAGCAAAUGUUCUCGACGCCGCCCAACCUUGCUUACAGCUACACGUCCCCUCAAUGACGUGGGACAGUGUCACAUCCUGUGUGAAGGGAGAGCUCGGCUUCAAACUGAUGCAUGAGAAUGCCCUGAAGACUAACGCUCUCAGUCCAGCCAAAACGCAUGUCCCCUGGGUGACCAUUAAUGGGGAAUACACUGAUGACUUUCAGGACAAUGCAAUGUCAUCGCUUUUCAACUUGGUCUGCAAGAUGUAUAAGGGAGGCAAGCCCCCUGCCUGCACUGGAGCGCAGAAGAAACUAGACAGGAGUCUGUGCUGAAACCAACAGUCAUAUUCUGCAUGCCAUUCAUGUUUUCAAAAUAUAUUUUGUGUAAGUACCAGUUUCCCUCAUGAUCUAUGUUGGACUUGCAUGGUCUUUCAAAAUAAUCUGUUACUUAUUUGUAUUUCAUGAAUUGUAAUACUGAUGUAUUCUGUGUGAUUUGUAUGAUACAUUGUCAUAACUCCAUAUGUAUUGAUAAUUAAAAGGUUCCAAUUUGUA